AUUAUUAUCACAUUAUUCAAUAUCAAGUUCAUAUAUUUCGAUCUAAUCCAAAAGCAUGGACCUGUCAUGAACAAUUGUUAUUGAACGUUGUUCAAGACAAUUUGAUUAUGUUUCCUGUAUACAAGCAAUAGUUUAAAAGCUAUAUCGCACAAGAUUUGAAGUACUUACAGUACUUCAAUUAUUUCGAAAAAAUUGAACGAUUGUAUAUGUUCUGAUUUUGUCUCUGAUACCACUAUAACCACGUAAAUGUUGAAUAGUGACACGUAAAAUAAGAAAAAUCUGCAACAAUGAGCAAGGAAUCAAAGCAAAAAACACGUGAAAUAGAAGACUAUCGUGAACGGUUAAUAAAACAAAAAGAAUUUUUGAAAGAAAUUUUAGCCAAAGUUGAAAAGCAGAUACUCGCACUAGAGGUUGAACGAUUACACUUGAAAAAUACUUUAAUUGGAACAGCUCAUUCAAGUACAAAAACAGCGCCGAAGGAUCCUUUGGCAACUGGCAGUUUGAAGUCAUCAAAUAAGCAAACAACAGACAAUUCAACUCCUCAAACGGAGCAAGAAUUAAAUCUAGAUGUACCAACAGUUAACAAUGAUUUUGAAGAAGAGGUUGAAGAUGAUGAGCUAGAUUUCCUUGACGAUAUUGAGAUUUAAUAUAUAGUCUAUGUAAUUUUUAAAACAUUUCACUCUAGGUUGUGAUACUAUAAGUGAAUGCUAUGGGAAAACCA